AUGGAGCGCUCCACCCAUGAAAGAUACUCCCGGCCAGAAAUCCUCUCGCAACUGCUCCGCAUCGUCGAAAUGGGUGGCGGCGAUAAAGAAUCCCAGCAACACCUGCCCAGCACCCCGGUUACCUACAAUGGAACAGUAAAGCAUCUUCCCUACAUCGGUGCGUGUAUCAAGGAGGCAUUGCGCCUAUUUCCCACGGUGGGCUUUAGCUUGCCUCGUGUCUCGCAGCUGCAAGGUAUCGUGUUGAAGGGUCAGCAUGUCCCCGUUGGCUACGUGGUCGGCGUCAAUCCGUAUAUGAUUCAGUACAACCCCGAAGGGGUUUUUUUUGGCAGCAACGCAGCUAAGUUCCGGCCGGAGCGGUGGCUUAAGAGUCAAGCUGGGAGUUUUGAGAUGGAGAAGAAUUUACUUUCGUUCGGGGUGGGGACGAGGACUUGUGUUGGUAAGAAUAUUGCACUGGUAGAGAUGUACGAGUUUAUUCUAGAGGUGCUGCGUAAUUUCGAGAUACAUAUGGCACAUAGUAGUCCUUUGAAGACGUGGAAUGCGGGGUUCAUACGGCAGCAUGACCUUAUAACACGGAUUGCAGAGCAAACUUGA